UCUUUCAUAGAGCAUCGCAGAGGGAAAACUAAGACUAUAUCUACCAUCUACACCCAAUUUUCUUCUCAAUUUUUUGCAAUAAUGGCUGAGGACGACCAACUAAUUCUAUUGGAGUGGUAUCCUAGUGUUUUCGCAGCAAGGGUGAGGAUAGCCUUGGCUGAAAAGGGACUAAAGUAUGAGUCCAGACCUGAGGAUUUAAUCAACAAGAGCCCUCUUCUUUUGAAGAUGAACCCAGUUCACAAGCAAAUCCCAGUCUUGAUACAUAAGGGCAGACCCAUUUGCGGGUCAAUGGUAACAGUACAAUACAUUGAUGAGGUCUGGAACCACAAAUCUCCAUUGUUGCCCUCUGAUCCUCUACAACGAGCACAUGCCAAGUUCUGGGCUGACUAUGUCGACAAGAAGAUUUUCGGUAUAGGAUCGUCGAAGAAGGAGCUGAUUGAGUGCUUUAAAAUAUUGGAGGAAGAGCUUGGAGACAAGCCAUACUUUGGAGGUGAAAGUUUCGGUUACGUUGAUUUAUCACUCAUUCCAUGCUAUAGCUCCUUCUACACAUAUGAGACCUUGGGAAAGUUGAUCAUGGCAGAGGAGUGCCCUAAGAUCGUAGACUGGGCUCACAGAUGCUUGCAAAAGGAGAGCGUGUCCAAGUCUUUAUGUGAUCAGCGCAAGUUUUAUGAAACUAUCUUGGAGAUAAGCAGGGGAGGAUCUACUUGGAGUUCUGUCCAAAGAUUCUUAAACAAACUUGAUCAACUACAUAAUUCAUAAAUAUAUUUAUAUAAUUAUAAAUAAAUAUGUAAUUUAAUUAAAAUUGCUUUAAUUUAUGAACGGUUCAGAAUUAAAUUAUGUAAAAUUUCUUUAAAUUAUGAAUGGUUUGGCAGAUUUCUAUUGACUUGGUCUAUAA